AGGAUAAGAGGAAGAAAGAGAACCGGGUGAAAAUAUGGUAGGCUACAGUGCCUAUAGGAAUGGCCAAAUGGGGGACGUUACUGCCAGUCGUACUGGGGGCUUGGGAUAGUGAAGAGUUGUAUUGAUCUAGUAUUAAAUAAGUGAAAAAAUCGAAUGAUUCUCGAACGUUGUUAUCAAUACAAAACUUAACAAAACAGAUAUGUCAUCAUCAGAUUGGUCUUUGCACAAUAACGUCGAGCAACAAAGGACGAAUAAAUCGAAGUUAUUCAAAAGUUUAAGUAGCAUUAAGGAUUCUUUAGACAUACAGCAUGGCGUUAGCUGCCGUUGUUAAUGGCUCUAACAAUAAUAUGAAUGGGCAUAUACAUAAACAGCUGACCAGGAGUCUCGAACGCACUUUGGAAGAGGCUCAACUCAGCGGCGAAUUGAAACUCAGUGGGCGUAAACUUAAAGAUUUUCCAAAAGUUGGAAAGCCAACUGCUGGUAUAAAAUAUAAUCUUCAGGAUACUGUAUUUGCAGAUUUAUCUAAAAAUCGAUUUUUAGAGCUACCAGAAGAGGUAACAGAGUUGAAAUUUCUAGAAAAGCUCUAUCUAUAUCAUAAUGCCAUACGGAUCAUACCAGAAAGCGUGUCUAUGCUGCAAUCUCUCACAUAUCUUGAUCUCAGUCGUAAUCAACUGACAACACUGCCUCGAGAAGUUUGUCGGCUACCAUUGCAAACAUUGUUGGUGGCAUACAAUAGAUUGGAGGCUCUGCCCGACGAAUUAGGAAGGAUGACUGUUUUAGCUGAACUUGAUGCCGGUUGUAACGAAAUAACUAAUUUACCAUCCCGUAUGGGUGAUCUUUCUCAACUCAGGUGUUUGGAUCUAAGGUGUAAUCUACUAGUUCAAAUUCCUAUAGAAUUAACAUACCUGAAACUCAUCACAUUUGAUAUUAGCGGCAACCGAAUAUCCGUUUUACCUAAUGAACUCAGAAAGAUGAAAAGUUUGGUUGAUUUCAAAUUAUCAAAUAAUCCAUUGACUUCACCACCUGCUGCGCUAUGUGUUCGCGGGCGAACGCAUAUUUUCAAAUACUUGGAGAGACAAGCAGUAAAACAUGAACGAGCUCGUAAUGGACGCGCAAAACGAGGACAACUGGAACCGCGAAGCCAUGCUACCUUGGAUAUGCGCUCACAACGUAGGCACAAUGUUGAUAGUGGUUACAACACCAGUGAUGGCUUCGAUAAACGCUGGUCACAAGAUGUUAACAGCGCGGGUCAUGAUGAUGGAACCUGUAGUACAUGGUGCAAAGAGAGUUCACCACUUUCUAUAACUCUUCCUUACGAAGUGACCAUGAAUGGUCCAUACAGUGACAUUUUAGCACAUAGAGUAAUAUCUCCUGGUGAAAAUACUUCCAUUAGCGAUGAUUUAAGAAAGGCUAUCAUAUUUCAAGAGCAGUUAGAAAAGAAGAAGCUUGAAUUAUCUUUGGAGAACGGAGAAGAUUUACAGAAAUCAAGCUUCGUAACACAGAAAACUUCAAUUAGUAAUACAGAAAAACCACUUCUUGGAUCAUCACAAAAAAAUAGUUUGGCACAGAUAAUCUCACCAAUUGAAACUACUAACACGUUGUCUCACGUUGAUGGGGAUAAAAAACAAUCUUUAGGUCACAUACAAACUUACAGAGAAUACAAAGAAGCUCUAAGACAACAGCGAGCAAAUGAAAGUUCACGUAUUUAUAGAGCUAAAGAACAAGUACCAUUACCUGAGAGUAAUUGGUUUAUAGAGAGUACAGAUUUGUCAGAAAAUAAUGUUUCGAUAGAUCAACAAACAUUCAUUGAGGAUAAUUCAAAUAAAAGACCAGUGCAAAAGGUUGUACCAUCACGAGUCAAUUAUCAAAAUUCAACUUUACUCACUGUCAGUCCUGAAUUAAAUAACAAAAAUAGAAAAUAUCAUGAACUGAUUUAUAAAAAACCUGGUUCACCUAUUAAAACACCAAGCAGUUUCGUGCCUCAAAUCUCUAAUCCAGGACAUAUACCGAGAUCGACAAAAACACAAAUUUACGUUUUACAAGAUAACAAGAAAAGUCCAAAUAAGGGCCCUAAUUCUUCAAGUACAGGUUUUUGGAACACAAAUUUUUCUUCGAAAUAUUCAUUUACAAUGAAAAGAGAAUUUGAAAGAGCAAAAGAAGAAGCUGAGCUCAUUGAGCAAUUAAGAAACCAAAUAGAGUCUAGAUUAAAAAUGGCUCUCCCUGAAGAUCUAGCUUCAGCACUUACGGAUGGAGUUGUUCUUUGUCAUCUAGCCAAUCAUGUCAGACCUCGAUCAGUUGCAAGUAUUCAUGUUCCUUCACCAGCAGUUCCGAAACUUACAAUGGCAAGGUGUCGACGUAAUGUGGACAAUUUUUUAGAAGCUUGUAGAAAAAUCGGCGUUGACGAGAAUUUACUCUGCUGUACCAGUGAUGUCUUGGAAGCAGGUCGAGGCAUUGUCAGAAUUGCAGUAACUGUUGCAGAAUUAUUGAGGUUCCAUCAAACUCGUACACCUCUGCAUACACAAGAAUCUGGAACCACAUUUAGCAACCAUGUGUCCACUUAGUACAAAUUUCAUAGAAGAGAAUUCUUAAAAAUGCAUUUAUCUUAAAAUAACAUCUUAAACUAUAAUAUACGACUAUAGAAUUAUUAUUUGUUUAGCAAUACUUAUAAGUGUAUCUAGCCGCUUUUUUUAUCUUUUUUUCAUUGAUUUUGUAAUUCUGCUUUUGAAAGUUCAUAUAGAAGUAGAAGUAAAUUAAAAUAGCUUAUAAUAAAAUUGGUUAGAUUUUAAAUAACGUAACAUAAUACAUUUCUAAGCAAUUAUUCUUGAAAAGU